AGCUUCCUGUAAGCCCCAGACACAGAGUCUGUGGUUACAAGUGGAAAAUGUCACUGGGCACUCAGAGAGAAUGAGGAGACUGAGGGAUGAGUGUGAGUGACAGAACAAGAGAGAGAGAGACAGAGAGAGAGAGAGAGAGAGAGGGGGAGAUUGCUCAAGAAAGAGAAAGAGAUAGUGAUGUACGAGUAGAAAGAAAGGGGGACAGAAAGAGAAAAGGAAAUCUUCUACAGUCGUCUGUCCAGACGAGGAGACGAUAAUGUGUUUCCUCUCAGGGACCCCCUGCUGUCUUUACUGACCAAGACCAAUCAGUCUCAGUCAUAUUGCGGUCAUGGAGAUGCUGUGUCCCUUAUCUGUCUUGGUGGUUCUGUUGUCGGCCCAUGCAGCCCACACCCACCAAGGGUUGAAGGGACUCUCCUGUGUAAAUGACUUUGUCAGCAAUGUCAGCUGUACAUGGAACAGUACUCCGGUGGCUCCUGGUGUGGACUGCUUAAUCCAUGGUGUGAAGGUAACCUGGGUCCGCGAGAAUACAAGAAACCGCAAACUAAUUAUUAGGCGAAGCUGCAAGCUGAAACAACAUGGAACCGCUCCUCCAGGCUGCAGCCUUGUCUUUGAAAGUAAAUUCACAUUCUAUGAAUACAUGCCCAGCAUCCACAUUGAGUGUAACGGCAAGUUGUUGGAGAACCUCACAAACUACGACUUAUCUAGUCACAUAAAAAUGAAUCCUCCAGGUGUUCCCAACGUCACAAUCACUGCUAAUGAUACCUGGAUAUCAUGGAAUCCAGGCAGUCCUCUCUCUGAGUUCAUCCACACCUUUGACUUCCAAGUCCAAGUCAAACUGAAAACACACACAUGGGAGGGGGUGAAAACUUUGUCUACACAAGCACAAAAGCUAAGAAUACCUGCUUGUCAGUCAAAGGAGCGCUGCCAGGUAAGGGUGAGAGUCAAGCCCAGUGAGAUUGUGCAGAACACAAUGUGGAGCAGCUGGAGUCCAACAACCUCCUGGAUGGGAACGACAACAUCACAAGAUCAAGAUUGGUUUCUGGAUCAGCCAUCAGUAGUGCAGGGCGUGAUGUUGAGUGUGGGUCUCUUUGUUAUAAUUCUGAUCAUUUACAUGAGCUGCAUCAACAAGGGGCAUCUCAAAGUGAAGCCAGUACCAAAUCCUUCCAAGUACUUCCCAACCCUCCAGUCCGUCCACGGAGAAAAUCUAAAGAAAUGGCUGAAUCCUCUGUCAGCUUCUGAAUCGUUUUUCACGGCUCAGCCACACGACCACAUCUCCCCGGUGGAGGUGUGUGAAAGCUGGGAUGUGGUCCCCUCCACUUCUCCCUCCUCCAGCUCCACCGGCGCUCUGCUUCACUUUAGGAGCUACCCCUCUGCUGGCUCCAACACCAGCCGGGUGGCAGAUAAUUCCUCCUCUUCAUCCUGCUUCUCUAACAUGGGCUACUUCAUGUCUAGCUCCUCCAGCAGCAUAGCUCAAACUGACCCCAGUCCGGCCUACUUCAUCUAUAAGGAUGAUUUCCACAAUGUGCACAACAACCAUAACCUUCACCUCUCUCUCUGCCCCUCCCUCACUUCUUCCCCAGCUUAUGAGAGCUUGAAGAGGGAGCCCCAGAGCCCAGAUUCGGGUUUUGGCAUUGGACAGGAAGAUGAAGAGGCCAAGAAUGAUGAAAAGGGCUGGGAUGUGGAAGGGGAAGAGGCUUCAGAUGUUCACCCGAGCUCACCUCUUCUUAUCCUCCCUCUGCAUCUUCCAUCCGUGGUGUGCCCUCCCUCCUCCUCUGCUCUACCCCCACCUCAUCCUCCCAGUCUAACUCAGAUGUGCUCUGACAGCCAAGAGGUGGAUGAUGUACCUGUGGCAGCUGCUGGUGGUAGCUAUGCAGCCUGGCCUGUGGCUAGUGCCAUGUGCAGGUCUUCCUCAAUGCCCGUUGAGCCCUGUAAAACAGGCUAUCUCACCAUCAAAGAACUACAGACCACAUUCAGUAAUAAAUCCAUCUGAAAAUGUGUAGUGUAUCUGGGAGAAUCCCUGUGUGAUCAUUUUAAAUUUAAUCAGCGUUUACAUCACAAGCAACCUGACACAUUGCUGUGUAUUCUAGUUUGAUUGUGGAGCAUACAUGGAGUGCUCUUGUGCGGUUUUGACUGAGGAGAAUAAUGGUAUUUUUACAAAUUCUAUCAUGUUUAUGUUUUAAACCAACAUUGAUUCAUUUUGGUCACUUAAGGGCAGCAGAACAAGUUGUCAAAGGACACAUUGUCUUUUAAUUAAGUUGUUAGCAAACAAGCCCCUGUCAUUAAUAUGUUGGUGAACUCUUUAGCUCUGUUUUCAUCUCACUAACUCCCAAGGGAAACAUCUGGCUCUUAAGCUGCUAAAUUCUCCAUUCUAGAGUGGUUUUAAAAGAGCUUUUCCAUUGAAAACAGCCUCCUGAAAACACUGAAAACAGUGAGCGUGAACUAAAACAGUAAAGUUAUCAGCCAGAAACAAAAACCAAAACAAUGAGCUGAAAGGCUAUGUAGAGCUGAGGGGGAACUACAGAACACACAUCUUUCACCUUACAUGUAAUCAUUUGAUGAACUGUUUCUGUAAAAACCUUGAUUUUCAGUGUUACGGUUUAUAAUUUCACAUCAUCUUAAUGAUUUAAUGUAGCUUGCUAGAAAGUGCCACUUCAGUAGCAUUAAUAAAAAAAUAAUCUGACAAAGCUCAAUAGCAUUACUUCAGAGUUCACCACUAACACCAAAAAUGGACACAGAUGUUUAAAGGUGUCCUUACAUUUUGGUAUUAGCUCUGGUUCUUUUGCUGUAAUUAUUGCUGUAGGGGCUACUGUACAGGAAUGUGCCAUGAUGGGAUCAAUUUGAAAAGACAUGCAUGUAAAACAUCAGUGAACAGUCUGACACAGCAUGGUUAGAAGAACAGUCUGACCUUUAAGUACAGUGGAAAGGUAGAGAAAACUAAAGACGAGUAAGAAGUGUAAUACCUCAUUGUUGAAUGAGUACAGUAUUGUGGGAUGCCUAACAAGUACUUUAAAUUAUCCAUUCUUAAUUUUCAGUGAGCUUUUUUGAUUUUUUAUUAUUUUUUGUUGUUGUCGUUGUUUUAGUAUUCAAAUACAUAAAAUGCAUUGCAGUACAUAAUAACAUCGCGAGGCAAAGCAUUACAUCACUUUAAACUAAAUGCUACUGUCACUCAUUGAUGAUACUAUCUUUCAAAAAACACCCACAAUUGCAGUUUUGUCAUUACUUUAACUUGUACCUCACAUAGAAGUAUGUUGUGAGAGUUCUUUAAAACUACAACUAAAAAAUAGAUGUUCAUUCCUGCAGGCAGAUCUAGGAUUUUGAAAACAGUGCAACAUGGUUUAGAAGUAAGUUUGAUUGUAUAAAUAAUAAUAAAUUACUUUUAACAAAUAAUGUGUAAGCAUUACUAUAGAGUUUAAUCAAGGCAAAGCAUUACAGUGUAUGACGUCUGUUAUUGCUUGUACUCUAAGCUGAUGUUUAAGGGUGUGUACAGGCAUAGCAGAUUCAGAACAGUGUUUAUUAGAUUGCUUAUUCUACAUACAUGUAAAUCAGCGAGGUCAGGGGUAAAUGUUGCUACUCUUUCUACUCUACACAUGCAGUAUAUUUCCGUUGCACUCAGUGACAUCUGCGCAGAGACCAAAUAAAAUAAAAGCUCUGAUAGA